UGACCUUAUGUGCAACAUCCCCUAUACCCAGUCUGGGAUGGCCUGCACUCCAGUUGGUUCAAUUUCAAGUUGCAAUAAAAGUUACGUGGAGUUGCAAAUGAAAGUGAACAUCCGCAGCAUCUUCGCCUAAUAAGGGAAUCGCCUGCCAAAGGUGUUGUCAAACCUGCUGGUGGUUUCCAGUUCCACAACAAUCAGGGUGAAAAAGGGACCCCACCCGGAGUCACCUGUUCUCCGGAGAUGCCGCCUGUCCCGCAAGCUUACUCCAGCGUUUCGAGUCUUUCUUCCGUGUAAACCGGCAUCUGCAGAUGAUUUUUGUUGCGCGGAGCGAGCGGAAAGUGAAAGCUGCAUCCUCCGUGUUCCUGUCGCCGCUCGCAAUGGAUCCGAGUCCUCCCACCAUCAGCGCCUCGUCUCCCCGCAGUACAAAAAGUGCAGACUUGAAAAAGAUUUACUUCAUUCUAUUACUGAUUUAUCCACUUUCACAAGUAACUGCGUGUGGUCCAGGCAAAUAUGAACAUAAUGGUGUCUGCUGCUCAUUGUGUUCAGCUGAUUUGGGACUUCAAAUUAAGGAAGAAUGUACCAAAAUACGCAAUACAACAUGUGAGCCCAGAAAAGGGUAUUACUGCAUUGAAAACUGUCAGAUGGCUAAGAAACACACAACAUGCCCAGCAGGUCAAGGAGUUAAAGAGAAAGGAACACCAUUAAAUGAUACCGUGUGUGAGAAGUGUCCUGUAGGAACAUUUUCAGGCAGUGAUUCAUCAAUUGAAGCGUGCAAGAACUGGACACUAUGUGAAAAGCUCAAUUUACAACUGGAUAAACAUGGGAGCAGUGAAGCUGAUGUAAAGUGUGCAGAAAAUUACAAUUCAAGACUUAUCAUUUCAGUUGUCGCAAUUGUGGUUAUCGUUUUGAUUUUAACUGUGGCAGUUGUUUUCUGGAGGUAUCCUGAACUCAGACCACGUUUCUAUAAAAGACGAGAGAAUGGGAUUGGUAGGGGUGACAGACCAUCUCCAAUUUGGAAUAACAUCAAUGGGCAUCCAUCUGAUUCAACAACAAUGCCUCUAAGAAGCAACGAGCAGCCUUAGUGCAAAGAGAUUGAAAUUACCAAGAGUACCUGAAACAGACGACUAUUUCAAUCAAACGACUAUCCAGCCCCAAGAAACUCAAAUGUUCUCAUCCUCUGAACAGUUCAGGCUUCACCUUAUUUACAUAUUCCAUGCUGUCUUUACACAAGGCACUGCUCCUCUGUAUAACAUCUUCAAACCCUCAGUCGUCAAAUGACCAGCAGCUGUGAAGAAUAAAAGACUUGAAAUGAAAAGAGAAAUUUGAUUUUGAGAGAACUUGCCAACAAUAUCAGUAAGAGUUUCUAUGGAUAUAUGAAAAGGAAAUGGAUGGCUUAAGCGUGGGACCUCCAGAGAAUGAUGUUGCUGACUUAAUAACGCGGUUAGGGAGCCUACUCUUGCCCAUUUUUUGUACUUAUGCUCGCUGAUAGUGACUGGAAAAAACAAUUGGUCGAACUAGUUGCCAAAUAAUAGUCUCCCUUUGAUUCUGAUGGGGGAGGGGUGAGUGUUGUUCCUGAAAUGUCAGAACUGCAGCCUCAAGAGGCGAAGUGGAAGUGUUUAAUGUGAUGUCCUUGACUGCUGAUGAAUCAUCACUUUCCAGGAAGUGCUAGUGGCUGAGAUCCACCUGCAAGAGCGAUGGGAGGCAAUGAGAGUCCAGUAGACCCUCUACUUCAUCACCUCUACUUUGCCAUCGGGACCAUCUUGCUUUUCAAAGGAUGUAGCCCAUUCAGUACACAGUGAUAUUGUCCAUUCCAAAAAUGAAUUGUAACAAUCAAUGAUUUAAUGUCUAAAGGUGCUAACUAUAUUGUACAUAUUUUUCUCACUAUUCUAUGAAAUAAAUUUUACCCCAAUGAGGAUAAGUAUCCUGGGAGUCU